AUGAUGUUUAGAAGUACUUUCAAACCCACUUGCAUUGCCAGAAGAGGAUUCUUCCGGUUCAAUUCCUCCAACAGUUCAAAACCUCCAACCGGGAUUGUUUUUAUGAAUAUGGGAGGUCCUUCAAAGGUGGAGGAAACAUAUGAUUUUUUGCUCAGAUUAUUUUCCGAUGGAGAUUUGAUUCCGUUUGGACGAUUCCAAAAUAUAUUGGCCAAAUUCAUUGCUAAAAGACGUACACCAAAAAUUGAAGAGCAUUAUCGAGAAAUUGGUGGCGGUUCACCUAUCAGAAAAUGGUCAGAAUACCAAUGUAAAAAAGUCUGUGAGAUUUUAGACAAAACGUCACCUGAAACUGCUCCACAUAAACCGUAUGUUGCAUUUAGAUACGCCAACCCAUUGACUGAAGAAACCUUGAAUGACAUGAAGAAAGAUGGUGUCACCAAAGCUGUGGCUUUUUCUCAAUAUCCUCAAUUCUCCUACUCGACAUCUGGCUCUUCCAUGAAUGAAUUGUAUCGUCAAACAUUGAUCCAUGAUCCCGAAAGAACCAUUGAUUGGUCGUUUAUUGACAGAUGGCCGCAACAACCAGGUUUAGUAAAAGCAUUUGCCAAUAACAUCAAAGAAAAGUUGGCUGAAUUUCCACCACAAGACAGAGACGACAUUGUUAUUUUAUUUUCUGCUCAUUCGUUACCUAUGGAAAUUGUCAACUUGGGAGAUUCGUAUCCUGCUGAAGUGGCAGCAACUGUUUAUAAAAUCAUGGAAGAACUCAAAUUUUCCAAUCCAUAUCGUUUAGUUUGGCAAUCUCAAGUAGGUCCAAAGCCUUGGUUGGGUGGACAAACUUCUAAGAUCAUUGACAAACUUGAAAAAAGAGACGACAUCAAGGGGAUUGUUUUAGUGCCUGUUGCUUUCACUUCCGAUCAUAUCGAAACUUUGCAUGAAUUGGAUAUUGAGAUCUUAGAAGAUGCCACAAAUCCACACAAGAUAAAGCGUGCAGAAUCAUUGAACGGUAAUGAGACAUUUAUUGAAGGCUUAGCUGAUUUGGUUAAAUCCCAUUUGAAAAGUGGUGAAAAAUAUUCCAAGCAAUUGGAAUUGGAUUGUAUUUUAGGUAGUGAAAGAGCACAAGGAACGUUUAAACAUCCUAAUGAAAUAUUUGGAAAUAGGAAAAAUUAA